UGUUGAAGGUGCAAUUCCAGUAGCUCCUCUAUCUUGCGCAAAAAGUGCUUCUAUGCUAUAGGUUUGAUCUUUCCACUUCUGUUUCUUUUUUUCUUUUUUUUUGUGUUCUCCCGUGGGUUCUUCUUUUUUAGUUUUUUCUUGUUGUUCUUGUUUUCCUGUUUGUUUUCAUUUUGUAGGUGUAUCCCCUUCAACAAUGCAGUGUCCACUUCUUGCUGUUGGUUCUUCGUUGAUGCAGUCAGUCGGUCUUGAUAAGAAGUGUGAGCCCAAGGUUGUUGUCAAUGAUUUCCCAAAACCAACUUCUGCUGAAUUCAGUCGCUCUCUUGGUGUCCAAUCGCAUCCUGAAGAUUCCAUUGAACAGCUGAAAGUUAAAGAGGGUAUCUCUUCUGUUGGUGGACUGUCACCUCUAGUUCCGACUCGUUUGACGCAGCGGUUCCGUAACGUGGUAGAUGAUGUUGAGUGCUCUCAGUACGUUGUUGAACGAUUCUUGAGUUCGAUUGAUCAUGCGAAUGAUGAGAUUUGCAUUGAAAUGGUGAAGUUGCCUUCUUCUGUAGUUUCAAAGUCAAAUUUCUCCUCAAGCCACAUUAAUGAUCAGAAGGCAGUAGACGAUGUUCAAAUUGUGGGGAGUUCUAGUUUUGUUGAUAGAUGCAAGGACCUUUCAAGAUCUAAUGAUGCUGCUUACAACAAGCUUAACAACUUCAACUUGGUAGAAGCUCAAUCAACUAGUCGUUUCCCUAAGAAUCAAAAGGCUGGUGCUAGUCCAGAAGUAGAAAUCUUGUCUUCCGGGAAUGCCUCUAGAGAUCUCUCUCCUGCUCAAGUUCCUAAAGCUGAUGGCGCAUCUUUCAUUUUUUCUAGUGGUUCAUCUGGUGGUCAUCAACCUCGCAGGAUGGUUUUACCAGGUAGAUUUAACUCGGAUCCUUAUGUUGCUCAGGGUAACAAGUUUCCUGUCACAGUCAAAGAAAGGCGACACCACCUAGCAAUGGUGCAAAUUGGAAAUCAUGAAAGUUGGUGCAAGUAUGAAGCAAUUCGAUAUGACCGAGCCUACUGUAGCUAUCGUAAUCUUGCAACUUUGAAGUCAAGAGAACAUGUGGAUAAUUUCUUCAUUUUGUGCGUUUGUCGUUAUCUGUUCAAACAAGCUCACCCAUUAGUAUCAAAGAAACAUUGCUUCUUCUCUUAUAUCGGGGAAACCAUCCUGAGAGGCUCUGAUGUUGACAUUGUAGGCAACGCUUUCACUGGUGCUAACAAUGCUUUCCCAAUGUGGAGAAGUAAUCUGUUAUUCUUUCCCAUUGGACAGGAGAACCAUUGGUUUACCUUUGUUGUUUGCUUGAAGGAGAGGGCCUUUGCAUUUCUUGAUUCUCUGUACGGGGCAAAGGAUCAUUUUCACCUGGGAAUCCGUGACAAAUUGAUUGCAAACUUCAUAACAAUCUGGGACCAGUUUGUGACUCCUUUGCUGCGUAAGCGCAUCGACUUUGAGAAUUUUGACAUUGUGUAUCCUACUCUUCCACAGCAAAAUAAUUGGGAUGAUUGUGGUGUUUUUACUGUCAUGCACCUGAAGCACUGGACUCCUAGGACCCCAAUUGGCAAUAUGUUUGGCGCAUCCGAUGUUGACAACAUAACAAUCAGAUUGGUAAAUGAGUUGUACUUUAGUGGAUUCAACAGUGUCGACAAGACUUUUGUCACACACUUCUUUGAUGAUGUCAAGGCUUAGGUGUUCUUGGAAGAUGCAUGUCCGGCAUUUGAAGGCUUUGCUUAAAACUAGGCAUUUCGAGAGAUUUUUAGAUAGUAGUACUGCUGGCCUUGUUUUU